AUGUAUAUCCCCACUGCUCAGAGCGUGUUGACUGCCGGCUUGGCGCUGACUGGCACAUUGACCAGCCCUUCGACCGUGAGCGAGGGCAAGGUCCUAGACUUCGCCGUUGAGAAAUGCAUCGAUGCCGACGGCAACCGCCGAUGUUCCGAUCCUUUUCUCGUCACCAAGUCCACCUGCUACCACUUCAAAUGGAGCACCGAGGGGGCACUCACGCACACCACGGCCGAAGUCCGUGAUGCCGGAUCAAACGAGAUUGUGCACUAUUCGGACACUGAUGGAGACUGGAAGCCCAAGAAGGGAGAGCUGGUUUACAUCGACUUCAAGCCCAAGAUCCCCGGAACGGGCAAUUCAACGGUCGAGUACAAGGUUACAACAUGCGAAUAA